GACCAUCGUAAUCAAGUGAUCCUCAAUUAACCGACCUCGUAAUAUGGUGCUUCUAGUUUAGCUCCGCUCAGCUUUAGAGAAAUCACUCCAAAAGAAGCAAAAUUCAGCAUGGCUACAAAGAAGCGUAACUCUGAGGGUGACGCCUACUCCUCAAACGAUAAAAGACAAAAACAGAAUGAUUCUGUUGGUAGUUCAUCUGGAAUGUUCUUUGGUCUGAAAGUCUUCAUCCUCCAAGCAGGACUUGGGAAGGCAAGGACAGAUAUCUUCAAGAAGCAAUUGCUGAAGCAUGGAGCUGCCGUGAAGCCUGCGGUCAAUGACCAGACAACCCAUGUCAUUGUCGAUGAGGAGAUGACAUUCCCAAGGUUUUGUCGGAUCAUGAAGUUCGAAGAGUCUCGGGUACCGGAUCGACUGAAGAUCGUCAAAGCCCAGUGGCUGAGUUCUUGCCUAUCAGAAGCAAUAUUGAUUGAUCUUGAGGAGUUCAUCCUAGCUCCUGUGAGGUCAGAAAAAUUCAAGUUGUUCACAUCAAGAGAAGAGACACCGAUUAAGAGUGAUGAUGCUGGAAGUUCUGAUGGCAAGGUAGAGCUGCUGCAAGGUUCUGAAAUGGCAGGGACAUCAAAGGGAAUUCCUGGUACUGGAUCAACCAACAUCAUCUCAAGUCCCUCCAAGAGGCCUGUAGCGAAAGGUUAUGAUAGUGAUGAUAGUAACUAUGUACCCAGCGAUGAUGAAGUUGGUGGAAGGGAGAGUGGGGAGGAAGAGGAGAGGAGGGUGUUGCCUUCUGAUGCAGACUCAUCCUCUAACGCUUCUACACCUAACACCUCACCAUCCAAACUACCAAGGGGAAACUGGGUUUGUUCAAGACCAUCAACAGCUUACAAGGCAACCCAUAAUGAGCAUAUUACUGAAAAGUUGGAGGUUUUAAUGAAGGCGUAUGAGAACACAAAAGACAGAUGGAGAGCGCUAGGGUACAAGAAGGCUAUAUCAGCUCUCAAGAAUUAUGGCAAAGAUGUCACGACAUGGGAAGAAGCCAGUGCUAUUCCGGGUAUCGGAACCAAGAUGGCGGACAAGAUCCUGGAGAUCAUAGAAAGUGGGCACCUUCGGAAGAUAGACCAUGUCUGCAAAGGCGAGGAUAUGGAGGCCAUAGAUCUGUUCAAUAAUGUAUGGGGAGCUGGACCAACAGUAGCCAGAGAAUGGGUACAACAGGGAUUCCGGACGCUUGAGGAUUUGAGAGAAAAGGCCAAGCUGAGCAAACAGCAGCAGAUUGGUCUGAAACACUAUCAUGAAUUCUUGGAAAGAAUGCCAAGAGAGGAAGCAGGAGAAAUUGAAAGGACUGUACGAGAGACUGCUGAAUCCUUGUUUCCAGGUAUGCUAGCCGUGGUUUGUGGGUCCUACCGGAGAGGAAAACAGACUUGUGGUGAUGUCGAUGUCCUCAUAACGCAUCCUGAUGGGAAAUCUCACAAGGGGGCGCUGUCCAAGAUCCUAGAUGUCUUACGGCAGACGGGUGAGUCAACUUUGUGUGUUUCUCAGAGGUUUUUGGUUCUAUCAAGUAGUAAUCACUUAUUGUGGAGUUAGCCACCUACAUGUAUUAGACUGAACUUGUGAAAAGAGCUUGGGAUCUAGAAGUGGAGAGAUAUGGUGAAGAAGGAAAGCUGUAUGAUGAUUGGUCUGAAUGAGGAGGAUGGUCAAUACAGAAAGGAGGGAGUGUCAUCUUUGAAUGAGAGUCAGUAACCCUUCAGAAGAGGGAAAAUCCUGAUUGAAAUAGAUGAUGAUGAUGAUGAUGAUUGUGACUGUAACUGUGAUGAAGACAAUGAUGAGUAUGAUGAUGAUUGUGACUGUGAUGAUGAUGAUGAUGAUGAUGAUGGUGGUGAUGAUGAUGGUGAUGAUGAUGAUGAUUGUGAUUGUGAUGAGAAUUAUGAUGAGAAUUAUGAUGAUGACGAUGAUGAUGAUUACUGCGAUGGAGAUGAAGAAGAAGAUGAUGAUAAUGGUGUUAGCCUUAUGAAGGUUGCAUAUCCUUUCACUUUUAUUCCUCUUUGCCUGUUGGGAGAGAGGCAUUAAUGUUCUCACUUUGUCUGUUCAUCCAUCCUAUUGUUGCUGUUGUUAUGAUGUUUGUCAGGGCUCCUGUUUUUUUUUAUCAAGUGGUUCUAAUCACUCAUCUCAGAGGUAAGUCAGUAAACUGGUCAAUAGCCUUAUGAAAAUGGUUGGUCACUCUUUUCUUCUUUGUUGUUGAGGGACUGUAGAGAGGGAAAGAAAGGAAGAGAGGAGAAGAUAAAGGGAUGAGGAAAUGAAGAAAUAAAGGGUGGUUAAUGAGAAAGAGAGAUGAAAAUCAGAGGG